AUGGAUGCAGUUGAACCCGAAGAAUUGCACAUCCGUAGAACUGGAAUAGUAGAAGACAGACCUGAAGGGGUGGAAGUUACUCCAUUAGAACGUUAUCCGGGGUUACGAAUUCCAGUAAUGCAACAUCCUGUUAACAAGCGUGAUGAAGUUCGUCGAGCAUAUCUAUUGUUGGGAACUUAUCAGCCGAGAUUAAGAUAUCCCCGCUCUAAAUUCGGAACGCAAAACCGUGGGUUUAAUUUCAGUUGGUUCGCGCAACACCCUUGGUUGGAGUAUUCACCUUCUAAAGACGCUGCAUAUUGUUUUCAUUGUUAUCUUUUUGAAUCAGAUCCACCAAAACAUUCAGCAUUCACCAGUGAAGGAAAUUCUGAAGCUCUGAAGAAUUCAGCUCAACGAAUAACUAAUUUGGUAAAGAAACAAUCAGAAGAGGCUGUAAAGAGACAUAGGUUGCGUCUCAAGAAAACCAUUGACUGUUUAAGAUGGAUUUCAUGUCAACAGUGUGCUUUCAGAGGUCACAAUGAGUCAAAAGGUUCAAGGAAUCGUGGGAAUUUUAUUGAAUUAAUUAAGUAUUCGACAUCACUUAAUAAAGAUGUAAAUGCAGUCGUCUUGGAGAAUGCCGCUGGAAAUGCCACUUAUACUUCACCCAAGAUUCAAAAACAGAUCUUGAAUAUUAUAUUUAACAGAAUUAGAAGCAAGAUUCGCGAGGAAUUUAGAAAUGCCAAGUAUUGUAUCCUUGUUGAUGAGUCGCGGGACGCUUCCAAGAAAGAGCAAAUGGUGAUUGUUUUAAGGUAUGUGGAUAUUGACGGUUAUGUUCAAGAAAGGUUUUUUGAUAUACAACGUGUUGACGAUACUUGUGCUUUAACUCUGAAAAAUGGAAUAAAAAAAAUUCUUAAUUAUUAUGAUCUUCAAGUUGAAAACAUGCGAGGGCCGGGGUAUGAUGGCGCUAGUAAUAUGCGUGGUCAGUGGAAUGGCUUACAAGCCUUGUUUCGUAAGGAAUGCAAAUAUGUUUAUUGUUUUGCGCAUCGGCUUCAGCUAGCACUUGUGAAAACUGCUGAAACUUUGGGUCCAGUUUGGAAAUUCUAUUCUAUGUUAUCAUCAAUUGUCAACCUUGUUACAUCUUUUUCAUAUCGGUUUGGUGAUUUUCAGUCUGCUCAAGAAGAUGAGAUUGCUAAAAGGUUAGAUAGUGGUGAACUUGAGACAGGGAAAGGGGAAAACCAAAUAGGUACUUUGCCACGUGCUACUGAUACCCGUUGGAGUUCGCAUUAUGGUUUCGUAUGCAGUUUGAUAGAUAAUUUCGAAGCAACCUUCACAACUAUUGACCUGAUACCCAUCUCACUAUAUUUAUACGUUGUUACUUCUUACUAA